AUGCAUUAUCAAAUCGGUGCUGGUUUUCAAUUAAUUUGCAAUACCCUUAAGGACAAAACGGAAAGUGACUAUCAAUGUCAGCGUUUUGAAAUCGCUGAACUUUUGAAAACUUUAAAUGCCACAGAAAAGCUCUUAAUAGCAAAAUAUUUCUGUAAACUACCAUGGAACAUUGGUAGCCUUUAUGUCCUGGGAAUAUUACACGAAUUACGUAUACUAACAGCAACUGAAUUUAUUUUAAGUUAUAAUAGCAGCGACGAUGUCCAAUUGAUAUUAAAUGAUUUUUUUGAAUCGGAAUUUGAAUUAAUUACAAAUCUGUUCAUAAAUUCUACAAUGGAUUCCGGUAAUGGGUUACGUUUAAAUGAAAUAUUGGAAGUCUCAUUGGAAAAUCUAUUUAAAGAUUUAAUUGCCAAACCGGAUUUGAAUAAUCUGAGCUAUGCGAAAUAUAUAAACAAUGCUCUAUUAAAAAUAAUACAAAAACAUUUGGAUGUGAUUGUAAGGCUACACCAAAGCAGUAUUACGGCAGCAUUUCAGAAUUUUUCCUCUUGGAUUAAUGAGGGAGUUGAUGAAUUAAAAUUUCCCAAGGAUCUCUAUGAAAAUUUACUUGCCAAUCACCUGGAAGAGUCCUUGAAUUAUAUUUUAAAACUGGCCAAUAUGGAAAAUUUCCGCGAUUGGAAAUUCUAUUUAAUUUUAUUGCAAACAUUGUGUAGCGCCAACAAUGAAAAAGCUGGACCUUUUGUGAGAAAACAUUUGAAAGCUCAUUUAAAACAAUGUGCCACCUUACCCGGCAAACGUUCAAUGAUGAAUCUAUUGUUGACGGCUCGAGCCUCAAAUGCUGUCACCAUGGAUAUAUCAAAGAAUUUAGAUUUAUAUGCCAAUUGGUAUAAAAAUAAUAUUGGUGAAAUGAAAUUUUUCCUCAAAGCCGACGAAUUUCAUAAUGUUAUGAAUCUAUUGGAUCAAUGUAUUGCCUAUGAAUCGGAAUUGGAUUAUUUGGAGAUCCAUGCGGCAAUAUCCAUAUCUCCUCCCGUCUUGUGUGGUAAAAUUGUCCAAUCAUAUAAGAGUAAAUGUAAACAACGUUUACAACAAAUUAAAAAGGGUGUUCCUGGUGUGAAUGUCGAUGAGAGUAUUAUAAUUGAAGAUAGCAAUUAA